AAAUACAAUUAUUAAAAGUUCAAGUCUGAAAGUUGUAAUCAUAGUAAAAAGAACAGGCAAUCUUAAACAAGUAGAAUCUUCUUAAAAUUAGUGAUUAAGAAUUGACAAAUCAAAAAUGUUUCGUCUAAAAAGGGUCCUUAAUUUUAAUACAAUUAAACAUUUUUAUCGGAGUUAUGUGUCAUUUAUUGAUAUUCACGUUGACAGAGUCAAGGCUGUUAAAAUAAAGCCAGAAUUUGAUUGCAAUGAAUCUGAUAGUCAAAUUAAAGUAGAAGUUUUAGAUGGUGAUAAGAACUUAAUUAAACUAAAUUCGGUUGCAAAAAUCUUGCAAACCGAAAAGAAGUUUAACUUAGAAGCAUUUGAAACGAGCGAGGACAUGACAUUUAUUGUGGAACUUCCAAUGAGUUUAUUUAAUGAUGUAGAAAUAAAUGUCAGUGCUGUAAAAGGAGAUUUUAAAUUCGAUAAUUUACCAAAAGUCAACAGAAUAUCGGCAGUAACGAAUGAUGGAAAAAUUAAGAUCCAACAUUCAAGAUGCGAGGAAGUAGCUGUUAAAGCAAGUGAUAUUACUAUUGAUACUCUUUAUGCAUAUGAUAUUGAUUUGAAAGCAAUGACAAAUGCUGAAACAUCAUUGAUCAAUAUUGUAAAAUGCCAAAGUGAUCAAAUGAGAGCGGAAGCACCAAAAGUUCGAAUAGAUAGUUGCUAUACCAACAAAAUUUAUAUUAAAUCAUAUGUUGAGGCACUUUUAAAAAAUCUUCAUGGUGACUCAGUGUUUGAUUGCACUGGUCAUGUUUUUAAUACAGUAGGAUUCUCUGGUACUUUUAAUGGAAGAAUCGCGACAGAAAGAACGAUGCUUCAUUUUGCAGAAUUAUCUCGUGACAGCAAAGUUGUGAUUUCACACAAAGACGGAAUGAUUCGGGCUGGAUUUGCAAAUGACAUAGUUAAGAAUAGCACAAAUCUUCACAUCCGUUCAUGCUGUCCGAUUCAAACUAAAUCAAAGGAAUUUAUUGUAUGCCAAAAAUCUGAAAAGUUAUUUGAGGUGAUUCGUGUGAAUGAAAAUAGUGAUAGUACCCUUAAGAUGAUUAUUGAGGAUGGAAAAGAAUUGCAAUUAAUUAAACAAUCAUGGAUUGAUUCUAUCACUUUCGAAUUUUAAUCUUGAAAAUUGUUUACGCAAACUUUUAGGCAAU